AAAUAACAGCGGCAAAUAUGGCGACGUCCAAGAAAAAGAAAGUUGUUUCCAAAGAUGACUUGAGACGGUUGAUGAAAGAGAAGAAAUCAACCGUCGCAUCAGCUAAACGCGUUGAACAUCCUUAUGCUAAGUAUAACAGUAUUGACCAGCUGGUGUGUGUGGUUUGUAAUACAGUGAUAAAGAGUGGUUUAUUAUGGCAAGCGCAUCUACAGAGUAAACAGCAUAAAGAGAAACUAACACAAGUGAAGCCAGCUCCAGACACAUUUACCACUGGUGUUAAGAGGUCUCUCCCCCAGCAAUCCAACAGCCAUGAAGAUUCUAAAAGACUUAGAGGAAAUGGUCAACCAGCCAAACAUUCAUCAACAGACUCCAAACUACCAUCAGAUUUCUUUGACAGUAAGGCUAAUAAUAAAUCGAGUAUGCCUAAACGGGCUGGUUUGGCGACAUAUUCAUCAUCUUCCGAUGAAGACGAGGCUGAAGUAAAGGGAACGCCCAAGCUCAGCACCACGACCGUGUCAAGUGUACCAGGUCUUCCUGCAGAUUUCUUCAACACAAAAUCAAGUGAUAAACCAGAAGAAGUGGAAAAACCUAAAACAGACACAAUGGCUGAAGUGCUACCAGAGGGAUUUUUUGAUGACCCAAAAACUGAUGCAAAGGUUCGUAAUGUGGAGUAUAAAGACAAAAUGGAGGAGGAAUGGGAAAUGUUUCAGCGAGCCAUGAAAGAAGAAAAUCAUGUAUCAGAAGCCAUUAUGGACGAAGAGGAUGAACAAGCAAAUGUAGACAGAAACAUUGAUGAAAUAGACGACCAAAUUAAUCGUUGGAAUGAAAUCAACAAACUCCAAAUUAAAAAGGAGGAGAUCAUGUCAACACAGGGUUCCAAAGAUACUGGGUCAAAAUCGGACAGUGACGAAGAUGCAGAGGAUCAGGAACUACAGGAGUUUAUGGACUGGCGUUCAAAAAAGUCGUGGAAAUGAGGAUUUUACUUCUUAAAUGUUCAUUUCAAUUAAGUUAGUAUUAAUUGAUGGAUUCAAUGUUGAGUGCUACAAACUUAAUAUCCGAGCAGGGAAUAAAGUGGCACAAUGUCAACUAUGAGAACAGCAUCAAUGUGAGCAGCCAUUAACAUGAUUUUUGGACAUAACUUACGGGUAAUAUCAUCUAAUACAAGUACAGUGCUUCUGGAUUUGGUUUUUCAAAUCAGUUCUAGCUCUGGAUAGGAUGGAAUACCCGGUAGUUAAAUUAACUGAUACAUGUACUGUUUGUAUUUUCCUUAUGGUUUGAAUGACCAAAAUCAAUACAUUAGACAUAUCUGAUGUGGCUGAAAGUCGGAAAUUAAUUUUUCUUCUUUUGGGACCAAUUAGGAAAAUCUUCACAGGGGCGAAGAUUUCAACAAUGAAUGCUUACAAAAACUUUGAUUUAAAUGCUCCUCUGAUGAUAAUGAUGGACCGGACAGUUCGGGUGUGCAUAUUUCAAGCAGUUGUCUUUGUCGUCAUGAUCAGGCUACUAUUGCAAAACAGCUGGAUCCCGUUUCCAAAAAUUGGUAAUGUUACUGACAGUGAUUAAAGUUAAAACAUUAACAAGUUGAUGAUUUUAUUGGCAUGACUGAAACAACCAUUUUUUUGUGGGGGACAUUCAGGAUGAGUUUUGACUGAAACAACCAUUUUUUUGUGGGGGACAUUCAGGACGAGUUAGAUAGUAUUGUUUCACUUAUACUACUCGCUGUAGUUUAGAUGUCAGCGUGGUAGUAAUGGAUGAUGUCAACAGGAAGUUGAGUCAGGUAUUACAGAGAUGUUACAUUCUUAAGUAUUGGCUUCAGAAACAGUCCAAUAAAAAUCAUUAAACAAGU